AAAUUGGUGGCCAUGACUACAUCUUGUGUUAACGAGCACCGGCUUUACGAUGACUUGUUUGCCAAUUACAACAAUAUCGUCAGGCCUGUGGAGAACGUGUCUGACCCUGUCAUGAUUUCGUUUGAGGUCUCCCUCUCACAGCUGGUAAAGGUGGAUGAAGUGAACCAGAUAAUGGAGACCAAUUUAUGGCUGAAGCAUAUCUGGAAUGAUUACAAACUCAAGUGGAAUCCUGACAAGUAUGGGGGUGUUCAGUCUAUUCGAGUACCAUCGCAAAAGAUCUGGAAACCAGACAUUGUGCUGUAUAACAAUGCCGUCGGGGACUUCCAGGUGGAUGACAAAAGCAAAGCAUUGCUGAAUUAUACUGGAAAUAUCACUUGGAUGCCACCAGCUAUAUUUAAGAGCGCAUGUAAAAUAGACGUGACCUACUUCCCAUUUGAUUACCAAAACUGCACCAUGAAGUUUGGCUCCUGGUCCUAUGACAAUUCGAAGAUCGACUUAAUCCUCGUUGGCUCCACUAUGAACCUCAAGGACUACUGGGAAAGUGGAGAGUGGGCCAUUAUUAAAGCACCAGGCUACAGGCACGACGUGAGGUAUGGCUGUUGCGAAGAUGAUUUUACCGAUAUCACCUAUUCCCUUUACAUCAGGCGGCUGCCCUUGUUUUAUACCAUCAAUAUGAUCAUCCCGUGCCUCCUGAUCUCUUUUCUAACCGUCUUGGUGUUUUACCUUCCUUCAGACUGUGGGGAGAAAGUAACGCUGUGCAUCUCAGUCCUCCUCUCCUUAACCGUUUUCCUCCUGGUAAUAACGGAGACCAUCCCUUCCACCUCCCUGGUGAUCCCACUGAUUGGGGAAUACCUCCUCUUCACCAUGAUUUUUGUCACUCUCUCUAUAGUCAUCACUGUCUUUGUGCUCAAUGUGCACUAUAGAACUCCCAGGACCCACACCAUGCCUGAGUGGGUGAAAACCAUCUUCCUAAACUUUCUCCCAAGGAUCAUGUUUAUGACCAGGCUGGCCAACAAAGAAGGCAACGAUGACAAUGACGAGAGCCUGAAGCCAAAGUCGCCUUACAGCGCGGAACUCUCCCACUUAAACUGCCUCAAUGCCCUGGAAACCAGGUGCUACAAAGAUGACUUCCUGUGUCAAGAUGUGGUGUGCAGCUACUGCCAGCAUCAACAUAUAAAAUACAUCAAAGUGAACAGCAACCUGACACAGAGCUCAAGUUCCGAAUCUGUAGAUGCGCUGCUUACAUCUUCGAUUAUAACACCGGAAAUGAGGGAUGCGAUCGAGAGUGUUAAAUACAUUGCAGAAAAUAUGAGAUUGCAGGAUGAAGCCAAGGAGGCUCAAGAUGAUUGGAAAUACGUUGCCAUGGUAAUUGACCGCAUCUUCCUGUGGAUAUUCAUGCUUGUGUGUAUUCUGGGGACAGCAGGAUUAUUUUUGCAACCAUUGAUGGUUGUAGAUGAUACUACCUUGUAAAAAGCUUUUUCUUGUUUCCUGUCCAGAUAUCUUAAAUGCUCUCC